UCCGGUUUUCAAUACCAAGGUCCGCAGUGUUCGCAGAGAAGCUCUGAAGAAGAGACCAGCUCGGCUCCCCUCGCGUGUCACCCCGAGAAUCGCAUUGCGGUCUGCUGCCCCAUGUGACAGCACGACGUUUAACAGGGCUCUUCGUGCUCGCGCCCACCCCACGCUCUACGGAGUCCCUUAGAAACAACAGUGAAAGUUCAGUGAACAUUAGAUAAAAGCGAACGGAAAACAAAAUAAGUAGAAGAAGAAAGAAGAAGAAGAAGACAAGUUCACAAGAGAGAGAAUACCGUUGCAGACGCUCGAGAACGCUCGACGGUCAUUAGCGUUCUUGUCUCUGGCGACAAGGACGUUGCGACACUAACUGCUCCUAACUGGUUAGCGGAGACCUGAAAUUAUCAGAAUAUUAACGCGAAGCAAAGGAACGAGUGCGAAGGGAAGUUCGAGAGUAAAGCUGCGUGGAUCGGUGGAAUCGACAGGAAAUUGGUAGCACGAUGGCCCUUAGUAAAGUCUUGCUGGUGACGAUCGGUAUGAUCUGCGCGUGUACCUGCGGGGGACGCACGGAAUGCGGAACUCGUGCUGAGAUCUCGUUCCUGACCAGCGUCCACGACGAUCCCUCCUGCAGGAAGCUGUCGCCCAGAGGCGUCCUGCUUUACGAAGCCGCGAAAUUCCUCGCCGAGGCUCACAACAACAAGUCUGCCGGAUACGAUAUCGAACUGAACGUCCUGGACACGUGCGGCAGCAUUGCAGGCGCUUUGAAAGCGGGGAUGAAAGCUCUCGUUGGGGCGGACACCAACUGCUUGCAGGCUCCUUAUUAUUUAGGAAUUAUUGGGCCAGACACUAUGACGAAUGCGGAAGCCGUGCAUAAGAUAACUUCGGUGUUGAAAGUGCCACAUAUCGUCAGGCGGCGAUCGAAUUCUCCAUACCUUCAUCACCUCGCCAAGGAAUCCGAUACUUAUAUUAUUCAGGGAGCACUGAAGGUCGCGGAGUCGCUCAAGUGGAAGUCGUUCUCGCUGGUGGUGAACACUGACGAAGACAGCGAGGACGACUCGCAAAACAUCGCCAAAAAGUUGACAAUGUCAGCCAUUGAGAAGGGUCUCUGUGUUUUGGUCCACGACGGCGACGAUGACGAUUUAACAUCGCGCAUUAUGCACAUCGGCAAACCAGAAGACGGAUUCUUCAGUAAAACCGCGAACGCGACAGUUCUCGUGCUUAGCGAGGGAAACCUGGACGAUCAUCUGAACCGUGUGGACACAUCGAACACAAUCGUUCUUGUCGAAGACGCCAGAAACGAAUUCGCGGGACUGGAGGCGAGAGUCGUGAAAUCAAAGUGGUGGCCCAGCAAGGACACUGGAAAGUACGAUGCCGAGGAACUGAGGGAAGCCAGAUGGCUCGAGGACGCGGUAAAGGUCUACACAAAAGCAUUAGACACGCUGUGCAAGAAGAAGAAAUGCAAGAACCCGGUGAACCCGGUGGACUGGAACAACGUCCUUUCUAAUGUCCUGACUGAGUACAUAAAAGAAUCGAGGGCGGCAGCGAACAGCAUGGACAUAUCGAUCAAGAAGAGGGGUACCGAAUUGAUGCGACUCGGCAGGGUGGUGGUGCACCAGAACAAGGCAUCGUUGCAUUGGGGAGACGACGCCGACGACUCUAAAGACGACGAUGACGACGACAAGGACAACGACAACGACGAUAACGACGAUAUCAACGAGACCGUGAUGCCAAUCCUCUUCAAGAAACUGAUGACCAAAGAAAAAGGAACGCGAACCGGCUGCGCUACCACCACCAAAGAGAUCAAGAUGAUCCACGAAGAUGACGAUGACGCUGCACAGGUUUUGGUGUCCGAGAUGGACAACACCGAAUGGUGGACCAUGGUCGGCACGGUGAGUGGCGUCGGCGUGGCCAUGUUCGUUGUUGGCAUUCUGGCCGUCUACGUGGUCUACACGAACGUCCGGGGUCCGUCGACACCUAAGAAUGUUCGCGCCGAGAGGGAUACCAGUCUGAGACGCGUGGGCAGCGACAGGGAGCCACCUGUUCGUACUCAAAGGCACGCCCGUAACUUGCAGAGGAGAGAUAGCAACAGAAGUACCAUAUCCGAGAAGAGCGUCUGAAACGAUCGGAAGACGUGAACCGCAUCCGAGAUGACGAGUCGAAUACCUUACCGAAUCGGGCUGAUCCGAUCGCCGAUCUCUCAAAAUAGGUCCAAGUUCGCCGCGCCUUGAUUCGGAUCGGUUCGAUUCUGUCCGACUCGGACUGAUCGACUAAUCUGACCGAUUCAGAAAACACGGUUAAACCAGACCGACUGGAUCGGUUCGAUUUCGCUCGGAUUUAGGUUUCUAGGGAGCUACUCGGAUCAAUCAGUUUGGGGUCAAGUUGAAUCGAAUGGAUCAAUUUGGUCGCGAAUUAAUUGAAAUUAUUCCGGUUUGAACUGUUGGCCGAUUCUGUUCGAUUUCAGUCGGUUCGAACAGUUCUGGGAAAAAUUUUAUUCGAUGUCAAUCGCAUCGGUUUGGAACCAUUUGGUUCUGACUGGUCUGGUUUGAUUCGAACCGGGUUUUAGUAGAUCUUGUUCUGGUUCAAUCGAUGAAUUUGAUUUAAAUUGAUUCAGACCAAUUUGACUUGAAAUUUUUUCUUUGUUAACAAUUUAACAUUGUUUCCGUUUAGAAGAACGUCAGUUUGGUUGGAAUUUGUUCGUUUGAUUUGGUUUGAAGCAUGUUUAAUUAGUUCAGGCGUAUUUGAUAUUUACAAUUUGGCUUCGUUGGUUCUGGUAAAUUCAAUCAAAGUGGCUUCGCAACCCGAUUUAUGUUGGUUUGAUACAGUUUGAAGUAGGAUUACACACUUCAAUGUUACUCAUAUUGGUUCCUUUCAGUUCGAUCUUUUUGUGUAUGAGUAACAGUAUAAAAGAUAACAACGACAGAGAAAAUACCAAAAAAUGUUCACAUAUUUUCCACACACAUCCCCCCCCCCACCCUCCCACCAAAGGAAUUGAAAAUAAACUGAACAAAGAAAGUGA